CAUAACGCACGCGGUGACUCUCGUUAGCGUCCUCGGCCUCCCGUUUGAUGUCUUCAAUAACAACCAACUUGUACCUUACCUCCCAAACCGGUCCAGUUAACCGUAUAAGUUGUUGUAGUCAUUAGAAUUGUGGAAACGAAUUACUGUCAUUUAAGUUUAGUUUUAUUUAAUUUCGCGUGUGAAUAUGGAAUUAAGCAUAUCAGUUAUACUAUUAUAUUGACAUAACAUAACACUAUGCUAUCGAUUAUUGUUUAUUGUAACCUCUAGAUAGAAACAAAAACACGGGAUAUAUUUGUUAGGUUUUGAAUGUGGAAAAAAUAAGCUUAAAGGACGUAAAAGUUGUGUUCCUGUACAAAAUAAAUAAAUUUGAAUUAGUUUCCAACUAUAGUUAAAUAUCCACCAACAGCAACACGUUUCGUUUGUAAGAGACACAUCAUCGUUUUUGCGAUCUUUUGAGGGAGUACCAUUAAACUUUGAUCAGGGAGGAGACGGAAGAAUAUAAUUUCUGAUAAAUAUUUUGAUAGGUAAAAAAAAAAAUAAAUACUGUUAAAAAGUAACCUUCUGCGGAAUGAGCGUUAUUAAGACAGAGUCAAGGUCAAGUUUGAAAACGCAAAGUAUGAGGUCAAUAACAAUAUCAAUUAAAAGAACAGUUAAAGCAAUGCAGAUAUUUUAAGUGACAUAUUUAUAUAAAUAUCAAUUAUACAAUCUAAAUUUCGUUGUGGGGAACUAUGCAUCUAAGUUUACCCGGGAAGUGUUUCUGUAAGUUAAUAUGACCACUACGAAACCACGAAAACAACCUACUGCGAUUUCACGGAUGAGGCAGGACUACAUGCGAUUAAAACGCGAUCCUUUACCAUAUAUAACAGCAGAACCUCUGCCAAACAAUAUCCUAGAAUGGCACUAUGUUGUAAAAGGUCCAGCUAACACCCCUUACUACGGUGGAUACUACCAUGGAACAUUACUUUUUCCAAGAGAAUUUCCAUUUAAACCACCUUCAAUUUAUAUGUUGACACCGAACGGACGAUUUAAGACUAACACCCGCCUCUGCCUUAGCAUAUCAGAUUUCCAUCCUGAUACAUGGAAUCCAACGUGGUGUGUCGGCACUAUAUUGACUGGGUUGCUCAGUUUUAUGCUGGAGUCAACACCUACUCUAGGUUCAAUUGAGACAACGACUUAUGAGAAACAGAGCUAUGCCAGAAAAUCUUUAGAGUACAAUUUAAAGGACCCAAUUUUUCGAGAAUUGUUUCCCGAAGUAUGUGAAGAAAUAAACAAAUUACUACAAGAUGAAAAACAAAAGCUGGCUCUUUUAAAUGGAGAACUUCAUAAAAAACCAGUCAACAAUGUAAUACCAGCUAUAAAUAAUGGAAAUGGUGCUAAUGGAGCGCAACAUGUAAAAUCAGACGAGUGCGAUAACAAACGGAAAUCUAUCAUAAAUUGGCCAGGACUAUAUUCAAAUUUGGUGAUUGGAAUAAGCUUUUCGAUUUUUGCUUUGGUAGUGAAUUAUGUAAUCAAGAAUCUGAAUCAGGAAUAAAGUUUUAGAAAAGUCGUGUUAAAGAUUUCAUCCGCUAAAUACCAGUUUUAUACUUUGAAAAUAAUUUUUAUUGGCAAACAUUUAUAUUAUUAAUGUAUAUAUGUAUAUGUUUAAAAUUGUAAUAUAAACCACGCAUAGAAAAUACAUACAUAAAAUUCAUUUGUACGACAAUACAAAUAUUCUAAAUUCAAAUUAUUUCAGAAACUUUAUUAGCUUAGUUUUAUUUUGAAUCUUUUACUAAAUUAACCGCUAAAGUAUUGUUCUGUUAUCUUCUGUUAUAUUGUAAAACCUUGCAAACAAGCUUUUGGAUAUUGAUUUCCAUUAUAAAUUAAAAUCAGGGAAUGAUUUACUCAAGGUGAUAGGAGCAAUUAUUAAAAUGAAAUCCGCUAAUGCAGAAGGCUAAUAUAUAGUAGUCGUCGCAGAGAACGCAUAUAUACUUAUAAGUAAUAGAGAAGGUUCAAUUGCGGACCAGCGUGUAAAUUGUCAAAAUAUACCAAAAUGCCAUGAGCGUGUUUCACCACAGCUAGCUCGGAAGGAGAAAUAUUAAAGUGAAUAAAAAUUAUGUUCAGAAGUUUGUAUUCAUAUUACCGUU